AACGGCCGCAAAGUGGUGCGGGAGAAGAAGAUCCUCAGCGUUCACCUGGAUAAAGGCAUGAAGGACGGGCAGAAAAUCACCUUCCAUGAGGAAGGAGACCAGGUUCCUGGCCUGGAGCCUGGGGACAUCAUCAUCGUCCUGGAUCAGAAGGAACACCCCGUUUUCCGACGCAGCGGCGACGACCUCAUCGUCAAGAGGGAGAUCAGCCUGGCAGACGCCCUGUGCGGCUGCCGACAGGUCAUCCGCACGCUGGACAACAGGACGCUGCUCAUCUCCUCCCAGCCAGGUGACGUGAUCCGACCCGGAGACCUGAAGUGUGUCCCCAACGAGGGGAUGCCCGUCUACAGGAGCCCAUUCCAGAAGGGAAAACUCAUCCUGCAGUUCCAGGUGAAGUUCCCCGAGCCCGGCUGGUUGCCCACCGACCGCCUGCGCCAGCUCCAGGCCUUCUUCCCGCCCCAGGAGGAGGUGAUGGCCACCGAGGACACGGAGGAGGUAGAACUCAGCGACUACACGUCCCACGGCGGGCCGGGCAGGCGGCACUACGCCGGCGAAGCCUACCACGAAGACGACUUCGAGGAUGGCAUGCGCCAACACGUCCAGUGCCAAACCUCGUAG